UGCGGUUAUUUACACUCAUCAGUCCAUUUGCUGUCAUUAAACAGUUCUCGGUGUCCCGGUGGACUUCCAUCUGCUUCAAGAUUCGCAUUUAGUUUGGUGCCCAUAAACAAUAGGUAGCCACACAAAUAUGGCCACAGUUCGGGUACCGGAACAGAAAGUGAUUCUCUGUGGUGAAUAUGGAGUCGGCAAGAGUUCUUUAUUUCGACGUUUCGCCACAGACACCUUCGUUACUGCGACAGAUCGUAAAUCUACCUUGGGAUUGGAUCACAUUGAUAAGGAGUACACAGUGGAUGGGAGGCCCAUCAAGCUCCAACUAUGGGACACUGGCGGCAUGGAACGUGUCGCUUCGAUAACGUCCAGCUACUACAAGUUUGCGGAAGGUGCUAUUCUAGUUUUCGCCCUCGACAACGCUUCAUCAUUUCACUCGCUCUCCCAACACCUCCUCGAUAUUGUCACAUACGCAGAAAACGCCAAAAUAUUCAUAUGCGGUAAUAAAUCGGAUUUGGAGGGUCGUGAACCGCAGGUCACUGAUGCAGAAAUGGAAGCAUUCUGUGAGCAGUGCCAUAGUCUGAUAAGUGCAACGUACAAGACUUCGUGUCGCACGGGGGCUGGAGUGGAGGAAAUGUUUGAGGACAUUGCUAAGGUGCUGGUGGAAUCGAACCGGUCACGUAUGGAAUUGCAGGCCUUGGAGCAGCAUGGCUUCAAGAUUGACGGGUCCGAGGAGGAACCGGUGGAUCCAACGUGUAUUUGCUAGUAUUAGAUGUUGUUAUUGUUUUACUAUUGUCACUAAACACUUUGUGCUGGGGGGGAUGGGAGGAAUUGACUGCCCUUUGGAGGUGAUCCGACUGUGUUGGCCUUAACUGACCAGUGAUUAGCUAAUUCUGUCCACCCGUAACUCAUACCAAAUGGAUUUAAGUAUUAGUUAUUGAAUUUUCUACAUUGCGGAAUGAACAAAACCAAUUCUAGUUGUGCUUCUUUUACUACUACUAUUACAUACCUAAACUAGUUCACUAUUAACAAUCAUUUUUAACGAAUCGUUAUUUAUUUAGUUUUUAAGAUUAUUGAACAAAGUGGUACUACACACACACAAUUGAAUGGAUCUUCAGCGAAUCCUGUCCGAACUAAGAGGAAAGGAUGAACCUAAUUAUACUCUCGUUUUCGGUAGUUACAUGAUAGCGCUUAUUAAUAUUGCUGCUAGUUGCACUAUGGUUUUAUACAGGAAAGUAAGUAGGUACCGUCCUAGAUGGUGAUGUAUUUGUAUUUUGUCGAAUAAAAACUAAAAAAGUAGAAAA